GCGAAUGUUGUCAAACGUUAUCGAGCCGUCGAGUCGUGUAGACGUGUUUAAGCUGAGUUCUCGUAUUUCGCGAGUUAAUUGAAAGUGAUUGUGUUAGAUUUUUUUUUUGUGAAUUUGUUGAACUUGUUCUACAAUAAUCAUGGCAAUUCCUUUUAAUAUGCCGGAAGAUCACAACGAAGUGGAAGUUAUUAUUACUCAACUUCAAUAUUUGUUAACUAAACUUCAAGCAGCACUUAGAAGGUCUAGAGCAACAAACGCUCAAACCAGACUUUCGUCUCAUAAUAGCAAUACUCGAGUCCGGACAAAUAGUUCAAAUCGAUCUCGAGUAACUGAAGGUUUGCCUUCAUCGUCAUCUUCAUCGGAAUCACCAUCUUCAAAUCUUCCAGAUUUACUCAAUAGUCUAGCAUGGUUAGCAGCUGCAAGUCAAGACGCCAUUGAUACACCACAGAUAACGCCAACUUCAAUACGCAUAUUGCGACCAAUGCGGAUAAGAACUACAUCAGAAUCAUCAUGUUGUGAUGAAAAUAAACUUACUGAGACGAAUUCUGUAGGCCCCGGAAAUGUGCAAGAAUGGAACCAGGUUGGUGGCAAUACAAGCAAGCUUGCUGGCGAGUUUGCAGCAAUAAUUGACCCCGAGGAGACUGAUGAGCAAUCUUCCGAGUCUGUAUCAAAUAAAGAUUAUUCAAGAGAGGGGAUUCUCUCAAAAAUUGUGCCAGGACCAGUUUCUGCUCCCUUUUGGACGGCUAUGAUUUGUUUUGUAGGAUGGCAGAUAUUCCGAGCCCGGUAACUGCUCUGUCACUAUAUAACUUGUACUUUACCCAAAGCAAAAGUGAUCGUUAAUCGAUAGAUUUAAAAGAUGUAGAUUUUUGCUACAUAUAUUAUGUUUGCUUUAUUACUGUUUUUAUAUGAUAUACUUUCGGUGUGUUUUUAUUUCAUAUAUACUACUGUAAAUAAAUAUAUUCACGUUCUGAGUGUAUUAGAUUUAAGGUGGUAUCAUUUUUUACCUUACGAAAGUGUGUGUAGGUCAUUUGUGCACAAGAUUGUUCCAAAGACAGGAAAACUAAUCAAAGCUUUGAUCUCAUUUAGUAUGACUAAGACUAAAACUGUUUUGGUCUGCUCUCAGGAAUUUAUAUGAUUAUAUUAUAUUUUGAUUUUUUAUUUCAACUUUUGGUAGCAUAAUGGUUGUAAAUGAAUUGUAAAUAAAAUUAAAGUUUGAUUCAGUAUAACCAAAGAUUGAAUCGUGCUAAACGGCCAAGAGCAGAACCAGCGUGCAAGGGGCAGCGUCCUUUCAUUAUAACAAUGAUAAAUUUUAGGUAUUUUUUUUUUCGUUAUCUGUUUAGUAUUCUCACAGCAUUUGUUUUGAGUUUAAUUAAUUUUUAUCAUCGGUUACCAGCUAAUAAUUUACAUUUCUGGCGGAUGGACGCAUCGCUCCUUUGUAAGCUUUCGCUAGAGUUUGAUUCUGUUUUAGUAAGUUUAAGUGGUAGGAGCAGCAAAGAUGUGCUUUGCAGCCCUAAAGGUUUUCAAUUGAUCUCUGUAGUUAGAAUAGCCCGGUGCGGCGUUGGACGUGAGCCGAUCGCACCUGAGAUCUGUAAAUAGUUUUUACAGGACAAGUCGUACCAAUUAUUUAAUGUUGUAUUGUUUCUAUUGAAUUUGUAAAUUUUGUGGUAAUAGACAAAUUCCAAAAUUGUCACAUUAAUAAUUAAAGUGAAACUCUAAGGUAAUUAUUUAGUCGUAGUUUCAUUUACAAUUAAAAAUUGUGUGUAGUAAAUUAAUAUUACCGAAUUGAUAUCUAAACGCGCUGGUUUUCAUCAAUAGCAAAUAAUGCAAAUCUUAGUAAAUGUACUUAUUCAAAAUGUGCUUAACUUGAUAGAUAGAAUAAAUCAACUAAAUUUGAAUAAAUUUUCAAAUUUUAAUACCUUUAUUAUAGCCAUUGUGUUCGUUAAGUUUAUUCUUAGAAGUAAUUGAACGACUUGUCCCGGCUACAUGCAUGUUACAUAGCUUUCUUUAGUUUUUAUACCCUAAACUGUAGGAUUUUAUAACUAUAAAUGCUAAUAUUUUUAAAGAAAUUAAAGCAAUUUAAUUAGAUUCUAAAUAUUUCAAUUUUAAGUAGUAGUUUUUAAUUAAGCUGCGCUGUAGAUGGCUCUUCAAAGCGUCACUGUGAUUAUGCCAGAAAGGCAAUUAAGUAUGUAUGUGUAUAGUACUCCCGAGCUUUGCGAGUGCUAUAACAUAAAUCCUGUUUCCAAUGAUAUCCGAACUAUGGAUCAGGCACUAUGCUAGAAGACAAACUCGGAUAUUUCUGAUAGUAUUGAAACGAUAAAAAAAGUUGUUCAUACUAAUAUUCUAAUUAUUUUUUAAUUUGCAUUUAUUAUCAAUAUAACCUUGCUUUGUGAUUUUUAAUUUCUUUUGUUUUAAAAAAUAUCCGAAUUUGUCAUCUCCGCUAAACAUUUCAUGCUUGGUCUCAUACAAUUUGUUUGUAGUUAUUCCUAGUCAGUAUAGUCGUUCAUGGUGUUUUUAGGGCUAGGAGCACUUUUUAUUUUUCUCAAAUUUGAUUGUAGUGAGUCAUUCAUUUACUGUGCAUCAAUUUCUUGUCUACAAUCAGAACGACACUUUGUUAUAUCAUUUUCCUACCAGUAAAUGGUAAAUUUAUUUUUUUCAUCUGCGUAAUUUACCUGUCCAUCAAUAUUUUCAAACAAAAUAAAUAUUUUUUGCCAAAUUAACAUGAUUGUUAUGCCUCAUAUUUACUUUUAUUCCCAGAUUCCUUUUGUGCGCGUGUUUUUUGAUUUUUUUUUUCAUUAAGUUGGAAAGCUUCGAUACAGUUUUCCAUUCUAAUUUUAAUUUUAUUAUCUGCUUGCCAUUUAUUGUCAAGAUACCUUAAUACCUCAUUUUAUUAUUGCUUUCAUUUUUAUAAACAUUUAAUUGUUUGGUCAACAACAGCAGUUAUCUAAAAUCAUUAUGUGCAUUGAGCCCUAUUGUUUUCUUUGCCCAUAAUUUUGUUAAAGUAGACUCCCGAUUUUUUUUCAAGUGCUAUUUUUGCUUGCUAUACUUUUUCAUUAAAUUCUUAAAUUUUCAUGUAUUUUCACUUAAUACUAACUUUAUUCAUUCUUCUUGUUCCUUAUUACUUUCUAUGUUUUCUACUGCAGAAUAUCCACUCUGUACCUACUUCAAGUGUGGUUCAACUUUUAUUUAAAGACUUUUUCAAAAAAUCAGGAAAAUAUUCCAUAAAUCAAAUAAUCACUAAUUUUUGUAUAGUGUUAUUUACUUUCUUUACUUAGACCUAUAUUGGAAAUUUUUAACAAUGCGUCGUUGCUGUAGGCGACAAUAGAUAUAGUAAGCAUAGCCAUAUUCCAUUAAUCUGUGUAUUCAUCCCUUAAACUAUCAGUAUUGUUCAUAUUUGGAGAUCGUCCAUCAAUUAGACAAAUUAAACAUUCGGUAUUUCAAAUUUGUUUUUGUUAUUAAUUUUUGUUUGUUAUCUCCUCUUACAGAAUCCAACAAACGUGGAUAAUCGUCAAUUAGAUUUAAGUAUUAGUUUAUGCAAGUAUUAAUUCUUUCCUAAGCUUGUCAAUAUUUUGAAUACUUAUUUAUACGAAGUAGGUGUUGGGGCUGGGUCAAUGUAAUCAAUAAUUGCUAAUGAAUAUUUAUUUAAUAUUAUCAAAACGUGUAGCAGCACAUAUAUGAAAACUUGCAUAAACGUAGUAUUAGGAAUUUAACAGAAACGUCUGUGAUCGACAAUACAUUUGAGUUUAACAAUAUUUAUUUUGUUACUGAAAAAAAAAAUAAAAAUCAAAUAAUAUUUUUCAUAUUCGAUUUCAUGUAAAUAUCGAUGUUGUACACAUUGUUUCAUUUGCCUAUAUAAUAUGCUGGUAACAGCAGAAAAUUGUUGGAUUAAGUAAAAGGAAUUUAUUACAUUGUAAAAACUAUUUUCUUAUGGUAGUCAAAGGUUUUGCUAUGAAUAAUAAAGAGUUUAUGUUUAUUAUAUAAGUAUAAUUAAUAAAUUCAAAUUACAGCUUCAUUUGCUCAAUUAAAUAAGUUCUAUUUGUGUUGUUUUUAGUUUCAUGUCAUUUAAAAUGAUUAUAGCGAUACUUUUGACUCUUUGCCUUUGUAACGAAUUUGAAUUUUUGAUGUAUUCAAACCCCAUCUGGACCAAUUCGGCUCCGAGGCCCGUGAUAAUUGCUCUCGGGUGACCAAUCCAUUUAAGAACUGCUUAUAUAAAAAUUAUAUUGCCUGAUAUUGUGAAGCAAAUCUUUUAAAUCAAAUGAUAUUUUUUGCAUAGUAAAAAGAGAUUUUACCAUAGUUAUAAAAAGUUCGUUUGUCCUAAAUUGGUGGGUAAUAAACGCUAUUUAUUUUCAGAUAUAAAUGUCAUAAGUUUUAUACAUGUUUAUAAAUAUACAUAUAUCUUUAUAUUAUAUUUUUUGUGGUGUAUGGAUUUAGUUGUACAUAAAUCAGUGGCGGCUUCUGGCCUACCAUCAGUUAUUAAAAUUCUGUUUGUAUAGUUUGAAAGAAGUAAUUUUGUUUUAGUUUACCGUGAAGUCGCCACAAUCUAUAGCUGUUGAUGUAGGCAGCCAAUUAUAAUGCCAUACACACGUCUACUACCGAUCGUCUUUCACAUGUAACUUUUUCACUUUUAUAUAGUUGAUUUGAAAUAAAUGUAAACAUGCCGAAAGCA